GAAUUAUUAAUUUGUAUGCAAACGAUUUAGUCAUUAACUUUCAUAUCUCAAAGUCACUUUAGAAAAUUAUUUCUUGCCACCUUGAGAAAUUAUUUUUCUAGAAUCUGUUAUUUAGUAAGGGGCAGAAAAGGAUUUCGUUCGUGUCAUUAAGAUCACGAUAAGAUUAAGAUUCCUGCUGAUAAGAGAAGAUGUUUUACCACCAUUUCCUCCAUUCCUUUUGAUAUGUAUCUUCAUACUGUGGGAGGACAUGCAUCUCAGAGCUGUCAUGAGCGCCAUCGCACUGCAAUGUUUUCAGAAAAUCAAAGGAAAGUCUGCGGGACGAAGAAAAGUAAAUUUCCGGCAAUGACGUACAACAAGUUCUAAAUGCAUCCUUCUUGCGGUCGUUCUCCUCGUCUCUCACUCGAGAAUGAACAGUUACGAGUGAAAGUGAUCUGGCCUGGCAAACGCACGCAUAUCUUGCUCCGAACAGUCUACAGUCUGCAACCAAACGGAUCGGUAUCAAUACUCUGUGUUAGCUACGUGUAAUUAGCGAUAUCGGGAUGAUUAAGAAACACGCAUUUUCGGCAACAGCAUGACCGCUAGCUAAAAUUCGAUGUUCUCCGAUUAUCUAAAAUAAAUAUAAUACAAAAGGAACACGAAAAAUAUCGCUAUCACUGUUAUCGCGAGUUAUAUAAAAGACAGAUUAAUCACAGUAUACGUUGACAUUAGGGAUUCGUAACGUCUGUCAAUUAUUGCUAAUUCAAGUCGCGUUAAGUAAAGUGGUGAACUAUAUAAAAUUCAAGAACACGCUAAAUUUGAGGAGGAAACGGCAUGACAAUCCGCAGUUUUACAUCGAAUGCCGAAUUUUAGCAUUUACCGUAUUCGAAGUACGGUAUUCUCCAAUUCGUAAUUGUAGAUAUUCCUUAAUUCGAAAUACCGUUGCAGAUUGUUCAGAAUAUUAAAUAUAACGCAAACAGAAAAUUUUUGCGUAUUACAAUGUCCUUGAACAACGUGGCAUUUCUACUCGCGAUUCUGCUUUUUGGAAUUUAUGAUAUUCACGGACUUUUAAGAAUAAAACAUGACAAUGUUGUUGUUUGUUAUGUCGCAUCCUGGGCAGCAUAUAGACAAGGAAAUGGAGCAUUCUCUUUAGAAAAUCUCCGUCCGGAACACUGUACACAUUUAAUUUACGCGUUUGCCGGUUUAAAUGCUUCCAAUUGGACGAUUAGAAGUCUCGAUCCUUGGGCAGAUAUGGAAAAAGAUGGAAUAGGCAAUUACAAGAAAAUGACAGCGCUUCGCCAUCGAGGCCUCAAAGUAUCACUCGGCAUCGGCGGAUGGAAUGAAGGCAGUAGAAACUAUUCGAUGAUGGCUUCAUCAUCAGAAAGUAGAAGAACUUUCAUCGCCAGCACUGUUGAAUUUCUCAAGAUGUACGGAUUUGAUGGGUUGGAUCUCGAUUGGGAGUUCCCUGGAAGUCGUGGUGGUGCGCCAUAUGAUAAACAGAAUUUUGUCAGCCUCGUAAAGGAAUUGAAGGAUGCCUUUAGAGAACAUCAGUAUUUAUUAACUGCAGCAAUAAGCGCUGACAAGUCCACUAUCAAUAUAGCAUACGAUAUUCCUGAAAUCUCUAAAUAUUUGGAUUACAUUCACGUAAUGGCAUACGAUUAUCACGGUGCAUGGAACAAACGAGUUCUUCCAAAUUCACCAUUACGAAGCAAGGAUCAAUUAAAUGUGGAAGAUACUAUUACAUAUUUAUUGCAACAAGGAGCUCCAGCCAAAAAAUUAGUCUUAGGGUUGGCGAUGUAUGGAAGAACAUUCGUUCUUACAAGUGUGCCAGAAACGUCUAAAAUAAAUCCAAUUGGUCUGCCUAGUCUGGAUAUUGGAUUCAAAGGGCCUUAUACGGGUGAAGAUGGCUUUAUGGGAUUCAACGAGAUUUGCGAGGCGUUGGUAUUAUAUCCGCAAGAAUGGAUAACUGGAUGGGAUAACGAGAGUAGUACAGCAUACGCAAUUAAAAAGGACCAAGUUGUAGUUUAUGAUGAUCAUAAAGCAAUGAUAGCCAAGGUUGAAUACGCAAAGAGGCAGAAGCUAGCGGGUGUUAUGGUAUGGAGCAUCGACACGGAUGACUUCCGUGGCAAAUGCACAUUGCUGCAUGGUGACAUGGCUUUGCUUGAUGGACAUAAUUAUCCUUUAAUGAAAUCUAUCAACACAGCCUUGGCAAACAAUACGAUACCACCCGUAGAGAAACCACAGCCAAGUUCAUCGUCCGUGCAAUUGCUCUCAAACAGUGUGUUCGCAUUAUCAAUGAUCACGAUGAUUUACCUUUCUCGUUAAUUAAAUGUACGAAUUAUCAAUAUAAAUACAAUUAA